UCGACCUGCGGUUAAAUGACCCUUACCGGUUUCUAUACAAAACCCAACAGAGUCCUUUCUUUCAACCAAUCACUGUGUACGUCUGUGUCACGUGAUCAGCAGUGCAGCAAAUUUGAAUUAUUAGCGAGAAGAGCUGAAAGCGGGAUGGACUGUGGAGCUAACCGAGAUGUGCUACUUCUGCAAGACGAGGAGUUCGAUUUCGAUGUUACCCUGUCACCUGACAGCACUAAAGGUGAUGAUGACGAUGAGGUGUUUGUUGAUCCUGUCAGUCAUGCAGAACGCUGUGCCUCCGUUAAUGUAGAAUCUGAGCUGGAGGAAUACGGAGCGUGGGCAAACUGGACCCCACUGACAGGUGAUCAGCUGGAAGUUGUGUGUCAGGAAGCUCACAGACUGGCCAGCCAGCUGCAGAAUGGAGAGCCGCAUAGUGGUCACACAGAAGCUGCCAUCAUCAAAUCAAACACCGCUCCUGGAAGAGAAGAGUUUGUCCAAGAUGCAGAAGCUAAAGUGGGCUUACUGGGUCAGAGCGCCAGAGUACUCAGCCCCGUCAAACGAGAGACCUUCUGCGUGCAGGACAGUCCAAUGAAGCAGCUGCCACCCGCCAUCCAGCGCCACCUGCUGAGGGGGAGCAUCUCUACCACUGCUCCAUCAACCCGUCCCGCUACCAGGCUCAGUACUUCCAGUCCUUUAGUUCGAUCCAGAGCUCAGCCACAUACAUCUCUGAGAGGGAAAGCCUCACUGGGGGUUGCUGUUGUGCUUCCAAGCAAGCCCCUUAUUCCCCCAACUUCGUCCUCAGCCAGCAAGAACAAAGUGGAGAGAAUGACACUGCAACCACCAAGCAAGGUAGCUGGAGUUCUGAGACGAAGCCCGUCCACGCGCUCCAUCAACAGGGCUGACUCGAGUGAGGACUUGCUGUCUGAUUCAAUGAGUGUGGCCUCUGACAUCAGCGAUUCCUCCAUUAAUUCCAGCUUGUUGGGAAAACGCACCUUAGCUCCGCCCACCAAGAGUAUUAGAGCGAGGGACUUCUCCGGUGUUAAAGCUCUGCCUUGCCAGAGCAGGAGGAUGAGCGAUGUGAGGAAGUCGUCCUCUUCAUCAUCAUCUGUGUCCAGCUUCAACUCCAGCAUGUCUCUAUCCCCUGCCAAAGGUAAACCGAAUUCCUCUCUGAACCGGAAUCGGAGCACCCCCGCUGGCCACACCCCCAGCAGCAUGAGUGGAGCCAGUCAGAACAGAGCUCGACACUCCACUGCCUACGCAGCAGCAGAACCAACUUCCUCUGGUGCCAGCCGCCGCUCUUUGUCUGCCCAAGUCAAGAGUCUGUCUGAGGCUGAGCGAGCCAGAGCCGUCAAGUUCACACCUGUGAAGAGAGCCCGGAUCGCACCAUCUCAGCCAACACCUCCAAGGAGACUGGCCUCCACGGGUUCAAGCCGACUGCAGAACGGAGUGAAGUCCAAACCCAAAUCUGAGGCACUGGCGCCUCCAAUGCCGCAAGCAGCAGGAAAAGCACUCUGUACUGCAGAUGAUGGAUCAAAGGUGUUGAAGUCAAAGAGGCUGUCAACCUGCAGCACUGAAAGCAGUCUUCAUGUGAAACAGUCGGCUGGCUCUCUUACGCCCUCUGUGGGCAGCUGCAAGUCUGUGCUGGUGGCGACACAGCGCCCAUCCGCCCUCCCCACCCCCGCCAAGUGCAGGGCUUCGGCCAUUCCUGCCCCCUCCAGCCAAGCCCGGGCUGUCAGGUCCCGCUCCAAUAUCACGCCCACCCCUACUUCAGCAGGCAGACAGCGCAGCUGCAGCCCGAUUCUGAAGGACUCAGAGGAGGAGGAGUUUAUAAAUCCCCCUGAGAUUAAGCCCUUCUGCCUGGAGGAGGAGGAGGUAGUUCCCAUUCCACCCUCAAACACUGAAGAGCCCAUCCAAACGGAGAACACGGAUGUCAGAGUGUCGACAGACACCAAACCGGCCCCCACCAGAGAUCUGAUGGACCUGGAGACAACGGAGGAGAGUGCGACCAAAACGCAGGAGGUUCUUCUGCUGGACCUUACACCUCCGAGUCUACAGCCCCAAGAGAAGCUCCUCAUUGAUCUGACCAACACCCCAGAGUUGGUCUGCAGAAAUGAGAAGAGCGGCACUACAACUCAGCUGAUUGACUUGAGCUCUCCACUUAUCAAAUGGAGUCCAGACGAAAAGAAAGAGAACAGUGCUCCCCUCAUCAACCUGUCCUUCUGAAGCACGAGAUCUCGGCACGUUUCUGCCAACAACACAUCAGAUCUAAUGAAGCAAUAUCAUUUACAUCUUCACUGAAGCAGUUAUGACUUAAAUGACUUCAUUUUAAGUUUCCUUUAGUUUAACUAAUUGUACUUUUAUUUCUUUCUGACUUGCUACUUUUAUUGUUUGAAUAAAUAUUUUGGAUGUUCCAA